CCUUGGAAAGGAGUCCCGUGCUCAGACGCUGCAGAACGGUGAGUCCUUAACUAAACCCACCAUGCCCUCUCUCCUCAAAACAUCUGGGGCUUGAUCAGCAUGUUGGAGAUAGAAGUUCAACACAUAGAGUGGACAUUAUUCUUUAUUCCAACUAAUAUACAUUCUUGGGUGAAUCCUGCCACUUAAGACCUAUUUUCACUUAAUGCAUUGAUGCCAAUGGGAGAUUAAGUGAAAAUGUGACUUAAAUGGAAUUUGGGAUUCACACCUGUAUGCAUAACUCUUACUCUGGGGACCAAACAAAACCUGUUCAAGCAGGAAACUGAAUGAUUGGUUGUGAGAUAGUGAGUGAAAUUAACCAGGAUGUUUUUGGUCUCAUGUUUCCUGUUAUCAUAUAAAAUCUGAGAUUACAUCUUGGGAAGUUGGUUUACUUGACAGUUUCAUAUCCAAUCAUUGUAUAGAAGACGGUUUUAUGGAGAGGCCAGUUUGGUGCAUGUCUCAAAUUGGUGUGUGUGAGAGAGAGAGUAGCUAAUAAAGCCCAUGAGAGAAAGAGAGAGAGAGACUGAGAAACUGAGAGAGUGAGAGGUUUGAUGAGAAAUGUUCCCGGCCUUGAGGAUUUCUAGUUUGUGGUGAUCACUGUGAACAAGCACAUCCCUGUGAGAAAACACUGUGUUCUCAGAGUACACACCACACCUGGACCAACAGCAACACACACACACACACUGUCCCUCUCUCUAUCACAUUCACUUAUUCGCACGCACCACACACACACGCACACACAAUCCGCCUCUAAUCCGCCACUUUCUGUCAUCCAAACACACCGGGAUUAAACUGUCCUGAGGGGAGUUAGUGGGGUGGGGGUGGGGGAGGAUACACACACAGAAACACGCACCAGUAGUCGCGUACACACGGUGGUUAGUUGUAUACACAAACACAUGCACACACAGCGGUUCCAGAAUAUAACAAUUAAUGCUCUUAAAAGCUUUUUGGUUUAUUUCUGGCGCUGGGUUGGAUAGUACGCUGACACUGGUGACCGGGCUUCACUCCACUCUGCAUUCCAGAUCAACCUGCCUGACACACAAACACACACACACACACACACACCCUUGGCGUUUUUCCUAUUUUGUUGCAUUACAACCUGUAAUUUAAAUGGAUUUUUAUUUGGAUUUCAUGUAAUGGACACACAAAAUAGUCCAAAUUGGUGAAGUGAAAUGAAAAAAAUAACUUAAACUCAAAAAAAUUAAUAACGGAAAAGUGGUGCGUGCGUAUUCACCCCCUUUGCUAUGAAUCCCCUAAAUAAGAUCUGGUGCAACCAAUUACCUUCAGAAGUCACAUAAUUAGUUAAAUAAAGUCCACUUGUGUGCAAUCUAAGUGUCACAUGAACUGUCACAUGAUCUCAGGUAUAUAUACACCUGCUCUGAAAGGCCCCAGAGUCUGCAACACAACUAAGCAAGGGGUACCACCAAGCAAGCGGCACCAUGAAGACCAAGGAGCUUUCCAAACAGGUCAGGGACAAGUUGUGGAGAAGUACCCUACCUAUGGCCUCCAUAAUACUCAUCCCGUCCCGUCCCGUCCCCCAUGCCCACAAUGCAUCUAUGAUUACCAGUCCCUGUGCUACCCAGCUAUGCCACUAGCAACCUGCUGCUCCAGCUGAGGACUAUGACAACCAGGCCUCCCCUGCUGAAAAGGUUAACCAACCUUGCCCUGCAUUCCUCAGAACCACCUUUCAAAGCCACCAUUCAUCCUUCCUUCACCAGCCGUCAAGGAUUUUUUAAAACUCUCAUAUGGUAGUAUAACGAUAAUGGUGUUAGGGCAGUUUUUGUAAUUUUAAAGUUUCUUGUUUGAAGAGUGACUGAGUCUGAUUUAAUGAAUAAACGGUUAGCUAGCUGCGCGGCAUGGCUAGGCUGCUGGUGGCGUUAGCUCUGGCUGUGAGUUUCAGGAGUAGCUAGCCUCGUCUGAUAUGCAGCUACGGUAAUAUACUAACUAACUAACUAACUAACCACAGCUAGGAAAAGGACAAAAAAAGAUGUCCACAGCCAGCCAACCCACUAGUCAGCAUGGGGAUGCUGUUGUUCUGACACUGUGUGGACCCAUCACCCAGAACACACAUCCCACCCCUCAUGUCAGUAUGAAAAAUGUAUGCACUCACUAUAACUGUAAGUCGCUCUGGAUAAGAGUGUCUGCUAAAUGACUCAAAUGUAAUGUAAAUGUAAAUCUAAGUACAGAUCAGGGUUGGGUUAUAAAAAAACAUCCCACGGAGCACCAUUAAAUCCAUUAUUAAAAAAUGGAAAGAAUAUGGCACCACAACAAACCUGCCAAGAGAGGGCCGCCCACCAAAAGUCACGGACCAGGCAAGGAGAGCAUUAAUCAGAGAGGCAACAAAGAGACCAAAGAUAACGCUGAAGGAGCUGCAAAGCUCCACAGCGGAGAUUGGAGUAUCUGUCCAUAGGACCACUUUAAACCGUACACUCCACAGAGCUGGGCUUUACGGAAGAGUGGCCAGAAAAAAGCCAUUGCUUCAAGAAAAAAAAAAGUGUUAUGAAUAGUUAUGCACGCUCAAGGUUUCAGUUUUUUUGUCUUAUUUCUUGGUUGUUUCACAAGAAAAAAUAUUUUGCAUCUUCAAAGUGGUAGGCAUGUUGUGUAAAUCAAAUGAUCCAAACCCCCCAAAAAUCCAUUUUAAUUCCAGGUUAUAAGGCAACAAAAUAGGACAUAUGCCAAGGGGAGUGAAUACUUUCGCAUGUCAAUGUACACACACAUCCUGUGUGCAUGCACAUCCGACUCACACACACAACAGUAUGCGUGAACACAUUUAAAUCAAAUCAAAUUUUAUUGGUUGCAUACACAUAUUUAGCAGAUGUUAUUGCGGGUGUAGCGAAAUGCUUGUGUUCCUAGCUCCAACAGUGCAGUAAUAUCGAACAAUACACGUGAAUCUAAAAGUAAAAGAAUGGAAUUAAGAAAUAUAUAAAUAUUAGGACGAACAAUAUAUAUACACUACCGGUCAAAAGUUUUAGAACACCUACUCAUUCAAGGGUUUUUCUUUAUUUUUACUAUUUUCUACAUUGUAGAAUAAUAGUGAAGACAUCAAAACUAUGAAAGAACACAUAUGGAAUCAUGUAGUAACCAAAAAAGUGUUAAACAAAUCAAAAUAUAUUUUAUAUUUGAGAUUCUUCAAAGUAUUUUGGGUCAUUGUCCUGUUGAAAAACAAAUGAUAGUCAUACACACAAUACCCCAUAAUGACAAAGCCAAAACAGGUUUUUAUACAUUUUUGUAUUUUGCAUUUUGGUGAGUGUGUGUAUGCAAGUGUUAGUGUGAGUGUGUAAGAGUGUCAGUGUAGGCGUGAUAUGCGGAUAUACAUGUAAACAAGGCUGAAAAGUGACUGGUAGCAGGAAUAUAUAAAUACUUAUGGUAAUAUAAUAAUGGUAAUACAUGUAAACAGGAGUUACCAGUAGAAGGAUAUAUAGAUAGAUGCUAAUGGUAAUGGAAGGCAAUAAUCAAUGAACAGCAGCGUAGCGGUAAUAAUAAAUCUAAUCAAUAAUCAUUUUAGCAGCAGCGUUGGUGUGACGGGGAGCAGUAGUUGUUAUCCAUUUAACAGUCUUAUAUGGAACGCUGUUUGGGUCUUUGCGUGUCAAAAAAGAUACACAUCAAAUAACACUAUUUGACGCGUCAAAUAACAAUAUGCAAACUAUAUGCAAAUGUUAGCCAAUCACAAAUAAGGCGCAUGUGAAGCCAGCUAUAUGAAAAACAUCUCAUUCAUCGUCAAUCAUCAUCACCAACAAACAAGUAAGUAAUGUCGAACCUUGAAAACAUGAGAGACCGCUUUUUAAGUACAACCACCUUCACAACCACCCCAGCAGGAUCGGGUGGUUCAAAGGUAGGAUUAAUUAUUGUUGGUAAUACCUGGCAAAAGUCAACAUUGACCGGCACAGCGCCCCCCUUUCCAUUAUUAGCCUAUCUAGCUAGCUACAGUGGGGAAAAAAAGUAUUUAGUCAGCCACCAAUUGUGCAAGUUCUCCCACUUAAAAAGAUGAGAGAGGCCUGUCAUUUUCAUCAUAGGUACACGUCAACUAUGACAGACAAAUUUAGGAAAAAAAAUCCAGAAAAUCACAUUGUAGGAUUUUUUAUGAAUUUAUUUGCAAAUUAUGGUGUAAAAUAAGUAUUUGGUCACCUACAAACAAGCAAGAUUUCUGGCUCUCACAGACCUGUAACUUCUUCUUUAAGAGGCUCCUCUGUCCUCCACUCGUUACCUGUAUUAAUGGCACCUGUUUGAACUUGUUACCAGUAUAAAAGACACCUGUCCACAACCUCAAACAGUCACACUCCAAACUCCACUAUGGCCAAGACCAAAGAGCUGUCAAAGGACACCAGAAACAAAAUUGUAGACCUGCACCAGGCUGGGAAGACUGAAUCUGCAAUAGGUAAGCAGCUUGGUUUGAAGAAAUCAACUGUGGGAGCAGUUAUUAGGAAAUGGAAGACAUACAAGACCACUGAUAUUCUCCCUCGAUCUGGGGCUCCACGCAAGAUCUCACCCCGUGGGGUCAAAAUGAUCACAAGAACGGUGAGCAAAAAUCCCAGAACCACACGGGGGGACCUAGUGAAUGACCUGCAGAGAGCUGGGACCAAAGUAACAAAGCCUACCAUCAGUAACACACUACGCCGCCAGGGACUCAAAUCCUGCAGUGCAAGAUGUGUCCCCCUGCUUAAGCCAGUACAUGACCAGGCCCGUCUGAAGUUUGCUAGAGUGCAUUUGGAUGAUCCAGAAGAGGAUUGGGAGAAUGUCAUAUGGUCAGAUGAAACCAAAAUAGAACUUUUUGGUAAAAACUCAACUCGUCGUGUUUGGAGGACAAAUAAUGCUGAGUUGCAUCCAAAGAACACCAUACCUACUGUGAAGCAUGGGGGUGGAAUCAUCAUGCUUUAGGGCUGUUUUUCUGCAAAGGGACCAGGACGACUGAUCCGUGUAAAGGAAAGAAUGAAUGGGGCCAUGUAUCGUGAGAUUUUGAGUGAAAACCUCCUUCCAUCAGCAAGGGCAUUGAAGAUGAAACGUGGCUGGGUCUUUCAGCAUGACAAUGAUCCCAAACACACCGCCCGGGCAACGAAGGAGUGGCUUCGUAUGAAGCAUUUCAAGGUCCUGGAGUGGCCUAGCCAGUCUCCAGAUCUCAACCCCAUAGAAAAUCUUUGGAGGGAGUUGAAAGUCUGUGUUGCCCAGCGACAGCCUCAAAACAUCACUGCUCUAGAGGAGAUCUGCAUGGAGGAAUGGGCCAAAAUACCAGCAACAGCGUGUGAAAACCUUGUGAAGACUUGCAGAAAACGUUUGACCUGUGUCAUUGCCAACAAAGGGUAUAUAACAAAGUAUUGAGAAAUUGUUGUUAUUGACCAAAUACUUAUUUUCCACCAUAAUUUGCAAAUAAAUUCAUUAAAAAUCCUACAUUGUGAUUUUCUGAAUUUUUUUUUCUCAUUUUGUCUGUCAUAGUUGACGUGUACCUAUGAUGAAAAUGACAGGCCUCUCUCAUCUUUUUAAGUGGGAGAACUUGCACAAUUGGUGGCUGACUAAAUACUUUUUUUCCCCACUGUAUGUUAUCGUUUGUUAUUUAAUAGUAUGUCAGUUCGAGUAAACUAGGCAUUUCUAUUGCUGUUAUGUUGUGUUAUGAUUUCGUUGACGUUUUCUUCAAAUAUCGCUUGAGAGAAUGAGCAGUUAUAGAAUUGGGCGGAGUCCGAACAACCUUUAUGCAAAUUAGGAUCAUCAGUGACAAAAUCUAUGACUCAUAGCACACAUAUAGGUGAAUUGCUGUGACAUAUGACAAACGAGUGAUAGUGUAAUCAAUGUGUAAUAACUACGUACAAAAUUUAUGAACGUGUUAAAUGAUUAUGUGAUGUGCAGUCAUAUUCAGGUCCUGAUUGGUCAACAAGCUUAUUUGACGUGUCAAAUAGUGUUAUUUGACGUGUAUCUUUUUUGACACGCAAAGACCCAAACGGUGUUUCAUAGUCUUAUGUCCAGAGGAUAGAAGCUGUUUAGGAGUCUGUUGUUCUGAACCUUAAUGCACCGGUACAGAUGGUGAUACAACCAGUCAGGAUGCUCUCGAUGGUGCAGCUGUAAAAGUUCUUAAGGAUCUGAGGGGCCAUGCCAAAUCGUUUCAGCCUCCUGAGGGAGAAGAGGUACUGCCGUGCCUUGUUCACGACUAUGUUGGUGUGAGAGGACCAUGAUAAGUCCUCAGUGAUAUGGAUACAGAGGAAUUUGAAGCUCUUGACUUGCUCCCCUGCGGCCCAGUCGAUGUGGAUGGGGGUGUGCACCCGUCCCUGUUUCUUAUAGUCCACGAUCAGCUCCUUGGUCUUGCUGACGUUGAGGGAGAGGUUGUUGUCCUGGCACCACAGGUCUCUGACCUCCUCCCUGUAGGCUGUCUUAUCGCUGUUGGUGAUCAGGCCUACCACUGUCGUGUCGUCAGCUAACUUGACCACGAUUCUGCCUUGACUGCUCUAGAAGCCUAAAGUGUUUAGAAAGUGUGUUCUGUCCUUAUUGUUUAAAAUUCUGAGUCUUCCAUCUCCCAUCUUUGUGUAAAAGAAAUGUCAAUUGAGACGUGUUUAUUGAUAGCCUAACACAAAUAUAGCCUACUACGGGGAAUGGAACUGAACUGGCAUAUGUUUUUAUAGUAAAGGCCUAUGUUUGUGUUUGGACUAGAGUUGCGGUAUACAGUCUGUGUGUUCUGUAUUACCAUCUGUGUGGUCAUGGAGUUUGCUUAUUUGCGUGUCUGAUAUUGUGUGUGUGCGCGCCUGUGUCUGUGAGUGUGUAUGUAUUUGCAAGCAUACGUGUGUGUGUGUGUGUGUGUGAGGCUGUGCUGCAGAUGGCUAGGCCUCCUGUAGCUCAGUUGGUAGAGGAUGGCGCUUGCAACGCCAGGGUUGUGGGUUCGAUUUCCCACGGGGGGCCAGUAUGAAAAAUGUAUGCACUCACUAACUGUAAGUCGCUCUGGAUAAGAGCGUCUGCUAAAUGACUAAAAUGUAAAUGUAAUGGCUUCUCUCUGGUAAGUACACAGCUGUCUGUCUCUCGCUCUGCCUGGGGGAAGCACAGGGGCAGUUUGUCAGGCCCUAUUAACAGGGCCUGUCUGGCCCGCUCAUGACAUCACCGCUAAUGGCAACCCAAAACACUAGUAGUCUAGUGUGUGUGGGUAUACUAUUUAUCCGUGUGUGUGUGCAUGUGCGUCUGUGUUUGUGUGUGUGUGUGUGUUACUACCUACCCAUGUGUGUGUAACUAUAUACCCUAACGUGUGUGUGUGUUUCGGUCCACAGGCAAGCGGCAGAUCCACAACCUGGGCAGCCAGCUGCAGCUCAACCAGCACUGCCUGGACACAGCCUUCAACUUCUUUAAGAUGGUGGUGAGCAAGCACCUGACGCGCGGACGCAAGAUGGCGCACGUCAUCGCUGCCUGCCUCUACCUGGUCUGCCGGACUGAGGGCACGCCCCGUAUCCUUUGGACCUGCUGCCCUGAAGGGGGCCAAAGGGGGGGAGAUUGUCUUUUACCA